UCUGCUUCAACAACAACAAUCAGUCUCUCUCUACCCUUCUCUUUUCUUUUUACAAAAAAUGCAGAAAUUUUGAGACAAAAACUGCAAAAUUCCAUCAAUUAAAUCUCAAUUUGAGUUGGCAUAAUAAUCUUGGUCCAUACCUCCGACUAUUACACCUCAGUCUCAAACAAGUUGCAAUAUUGGUUAGUACCUCCAAAAGGAAAUAAUCAUUUCUGCAGUGAGUUUAGUAGAACAUUUUGUUGCUUUCUGACACAUGGGAAAUAACGAGGAUGGGAAAUCUUGUAAGCCUGAGAAAUUAUCUCCGACUGCACCGGAUCAAAGCAAUAUCCAUGUGUAUCCUGAUUGGGCUGCGAUGCAGGCAUAUUAUGGUCAUCGAGUAGCUGUACCUCCAUAUAUUAAUUCUGCUGUUGCACCUGGUCGUGCUCCUCAUCCUUAUAUGUGGGGACCGCUACCGCCUAUGAUGCCGCCUUAUGGCAUACCAUAUGCAGGAGUCUAUGCACAUGGUGGUGUUUAUCCGCACCCUGGAGUUCCUAUUGUGUCCCGUCCUCAGGCGCAUGGAAUGACAUCAUCUCCUGCUGUUAGCCAAACCAUGGAUACUGCUUCUUUGAGUAUGGAUGCUUCUGCUAAGUCUUUGGGGAACACUGAUCAAGGCUUGACGAGUCAGUUAAAAGGGUUUAAUGAACUUGGAAUGUCAAUAGGAAAUUGCAGUGUUGACAAUUGUGAUGGCAUUGACCAUGGACCUUCUCACAGUGGGCAAACUGAAGGUUCAAGUGAUGGAAGUAACACACACACAACGGAGGUGGGUGAGCACAGUAAGAAAAGAAGCCGUGACACAACUCCUAAUAACUGCAAGACUGGUGAUGGAAAAAGUCAAACACUGUGCAGUCCAGGACGUUCUAGGGAAGUAAAUGGGGCCUCCGAUAAGGGAACUGGUGUAGCUGUUAAUCCUGGUAAUAUAGCAGAAAAAGUAGCGGGAACAGCAUUUUCUCCUACCAUGACUACUACUAUGGAACUGAGAAAUCCUGUUGGUACACUAGUAAAAUCUUGUCCAACUUCACGAAUCAGUCCUGCAGUGCCUGGCGGAGCCUGGUUUCAGAAUGAACGUGAGCUGAAGUGUGAGAAGAGGAAGCAGUCUAAUCGAGAAUCUGCAAGGAGAUCAAGGUUGAGAAAACAGGCAGAAGCUGAAGAAUUGGCAGCGCAGGUUCAAACUUUAACCUCUGAAAAUUUGGCACUCAGAUCAGAAAUAAACAAAUUUACCAAAAACUCUGAGAAACUAAAGGUUGAAAAUGCUGCUUUAAUGGAGAGACUGAAAAAUAAACAAGGACAAGUAAAAGAGUUAACUUUAGGUAAGAUUGAUGAUAAGAGGCUGAAGCCUGUUAGCACAGCAGAUCUACUAGCAAGAGUCAACAACAAUGGUUCGUUCGAUAGAACCAACGAAGACGGUGAAGUUCAUGAGAAUAAUAGUACCUCUGGAACAAAGCUUCAUCAACUCCUUGAUGCCAGCCCCAGGACUGAACAUGCCGUGGCUGCUAGAUGAUCCUCGAUUAGUUGUCAUGACUGUGGCGGCGUGGCCCUGACUUUGAGAUGUUAAAAGUUUAAGAAAUUUAACAGUACAGAAGAGCUUAAGAAAUUCUAAUUUCGCCCAAUUGUAAUUUAUCCAUGGAUGAAGCUGAGGAGUGUUUUUUUAUCCCUUCACUUCAGAGUGCCAUGUUGAAUGAUGGUCUUAUCUAAAUAGGUAAUGUUAGCCACACUAGAAACCUGAUUGAUUGGAAAGAGUUUGGCUUGGAUGUGUAUGGAGCAGUCAAUAAGUGAUCUUUGUAAUGUAUUUGGUGUUAAUGACUGAUGCCUAGUAUUGAGAGUUUUUAUUGUUGACAAUGUUUGUGUUGUAGUUUAAUUUUUGGUACUACUACAAUAUAUCCCUAGUCUUGAAGAAGAAUUUUGGUGUCUUAGAUCUAAGAUUUAGUGGUUAAAUGAUGGUGAUUCAAACUCUGAUUUUUCCCCCCAUAUCAGUACUUAUUGCCCUCAGGUACUCAUAAGGCUAGGAGUGUCAAAUAUGGUUAAAAAAACUAGUAGUCUGUUCAAAUUUUAUGAGUUUUUGAUUGUAAUGAUGUUCUCUUCUUGUUCUUUGAAUUUGUUUUUGUA